CGCUGGAGGCUGUGCCUGACCCACGCCGUGACUCCUCGUGUCUGUGUGCCGCUGCCCCACCCGCUUCCCCCCUCGCUCGCCGAAGAUGUCCACAGCCCUGGUGUCGCCCACCAUCUUCGACCUGAGCGAAGUUUUAUGCAAGAGCAACAAGAUGCUGAACUACAGCCCCUCGGGUGUCAGCGGGUGCCUGCUGGACAGGAAGGCGGUGGGCACCCCGGCCGGCGGGGGUUUCCCUAGGAGGCACUCUGUCACCCUGCCCAACUCCAAGUUCCACCAGAACCAGCUCCUCAGCAGCCUGAAAGGGGAGCCGGCUCCCAUGCUGGGCCCCCGGGAAAGCCGCUUCCGGGACCGCUCCUUCUCCGAGGGCGGCGAGCGCCUGCUGCAGCAGAAGCAGCCCGGGGGACAGGUCAACUCCAGCCGCUACAAGACGGAGCUGUGCCGCCCCUUCGAGGAGAACGGCGCCUGCAAGUACGGCGACAAGUGCCAGUUCGCCCACGGCAUCCACGAGCUGCGGAGCCUCACCCGCCACCCCAAGUACAAGACCGAGCUGUGCCGCACUUUCCACACCAUCGGCUUCUGCCCCUACGGGCCGCGCUGCCACUUCAUCCACAACGCGGAGGAGCGCCGGGCCGUGGCGGGGAGCCGGGAGCCCCCUGUCGCCGACAGACCCCGCCUGCAGCACAGCUUCAGCUUCGCCGGCUUCCCCAGCACUGCUGCCGCCAGCGGGCUGCUGGACAGCCCCACUUCCAUCACCCCGCCGCCCAUGCUGAGCGCCGACGACCUGCUGGGCUCCCCCACCUUGCCUGACUGCGCCAGCAACCCUUUCACCUUCUCCAGCCAGGAGCUGGUCAGUCUCUUUGCCCCCAGCAUGGGGGUGCAGGUGCCCAGCGGGAGCUCCCCCACCACCUUCUUGUUCAGGCCCAUGUCCGAGUCCCCCAACAUGUUUGACUCGCCACCCAGUCCUCAGGACUCCCUCUCUGACCAGGAGGGCUAUCUGAGCAGCUCCAGCAGCAGCCACAGCGGCUCAGAUUCCCCUAUCCUGGACACCUCAAGACGUCUUCCCAUCUUCAGCAGACUCUCCAUCUCCGAUGACUAAUCUGGGGUUAUUCCUCUUGCUCCCCCCCACCUCUAUUAUGAUGUUAAGCUGAACUCCCCCCCCACCCUGUCCCCAGUAGUCUGAGCUGGAUGUUAACGUGUCCACCUGCCUGCCGUAGACCCACUGGCUUAAACCUUAAGUGCCAAAAUACGAUGAAAAGCAAUAACGUUUACAAAAUUAGUGCCUUUUAAUGCUUUCACUGUGACUGUAUUACCUCUCCAGCUGCAGAGGGCACCAGCAGCUCUGUGCACUUCCAGAUGUGCAGGAAAUGUCCGGAUCCAGCUCCCUCCACUGGCCAUGUACUGCAUCGCCCUCUCCCAGUCCCUUCCUGACUGGCCAGUUUCCGCUAGGCUGCAGGCAUGUGGGCAAGCAUUAACAUCCAGUCCUCUUUCUCCCCUCCCCUUAAAGACUAAUCUUGCCUGGAUCCGCUCAGGUCUGCGGGAAGAAAAGCUGAGAACGGACAAAGAUUGUAACAUGAGUGGGACUUCGACUGGGAGGAAGGAAACAAAAAAGAAAACAAAAACCAGAUGGACUAUGAGAGACUUGAUUUUGGUGCUAAAAGUUCCCCGUGUAUUCAUGUGACACCUUAAAACAAAUAAAGAAAUAGAGGGGGUGGGGCCAACAGAAGUCAUUCCACACACACACACACACACACACACACACACACACACACACACACAAGUUCGUGUAAACAAAGUUCCAGUAGACAUAGCUUUAAUGGUUUUGCUCUAGAGUACUUUAGACCUAUCUUAGAGCACUCACGCCAAGCUUUUUAUUAUUUUUUUCUGGGUUUUUAAUUUUGUAUAACUUUUCAGAAAUUGGAGAGCAAAUUUUGCUUGUCACUGCACAACAAUAUAAAAAAGCUUAUUUAACUUAUCAAAACGUAUUUAUUGCCGAAACCUAUGCUUUUUUGUUAAUUUUGUUCAUAUUUAUCGGGAUGAUGAAUCCAUAGAAUAUAUUCUUUUAUGUUUAAAUUAUGAUCUUCCAUAUUAAUCUUAAGAUUGUGAAGUGUCUUUUUCCUUUUUUCCCCACAGUUUAAUAUAUUAUACUACAAUGACAUUUUUUGUAACUUUACACUUUUUUUGGUUAUUUUAUUUUAAAAAAUGAAAAAUUAAUUUAAAAAAAUGCAAAAACUGUGUUUGGAUUAUUUAUUUUAGAAUUUCCCCCCCCCCCCCUUUUUUUUUUGUGUUGGACUGCAAAUUGAGUUAAUGUGCUUCUUUGCCUUUCUUCUUCUCUUCCCCUCCUCUGGGUCUUGCCUACCUGGGCUUUAGAAUGUACAUACCUGAGCUCUGUUGCGAGACAGUGUGGAAGGAAGACCUUUUUCUUCCUCUUUUUGUAUAGAUUCUUCAAGGAGAAAAGCCUUGGGCUCAAAAGUGCCUAUCUGAAGACAUUCCAAAUACAGUUUGUCUUUGCGUUUCUGUAUUCCAAGUUUGGAGUUUUCCUUGCUGAGGUGAACGGGACUGGCACAAAGAGAAUAAUGAAUGUAAUUUUUUUUUCCCCUGUUACUGUUCACUACAUUGCUUUUUCUUCCUCUUUGUGUGAGUUUAUUUAAAAGAGAAUCUCUUUUGUAACGACUGUUUGCAGUUUAAAUCAAUAAACCCCAAGUUUUUUCAAGAAA